CCUCGCAGCAUCAUCCCCUGGGAUUGUAUUCAUCGCCGUCCCUCGCUGGUGACUGUCUCUCGGAGGGCCGGUGAUUGUCUCUCGCAACAUCAUCACCUUCCAGGCACAAUAAAAUGGCACUUAUGGUUCCCACCAAAGAUCACUUCCAUGCGCAGUAUUCGGGGAUGAUGGAUGGCCAACCGGAGAAAUUUCAAGAAAAGAAAAAUAACAACUCCAAUUUGAAGUCUUGGAAAUAUGCGUUGUAUGGAUUUCCACUUGUUCUGCAGAUUUGGGCUUAUGAGACGUUUCCAGUGCUUGACGACGAGGUUGCUCAGUGUAAUCGAGAGAUAAAAUGUCCACUGUUACGUUGGGGAGCCAAGAAAUGCCCACAGUACCACUCUCUAAAGCAGUUGUUAUUCCCUAAUGAACCUGAAGAAGUCACAAAUAAGAUGGACAACACACUUGAUUUGUUGUUUAGAAGUGUUGAAGAUUUAAAGAACACUCUAAACAAAAGGGUGAAGAAAAAAUCAAAAUUUGUGAAGACCCCUUAUCUGACCCAAGACUCUUGAAGAAAAAAUACAAUCCACACAAUCCCUUCUCUAUAACAUUCAGUCAUGAAGAAUGGGAUGAGCUGAAUUCUUGGCUGGAAGAGGAUGGUGGUCAAUAUCCUAAAAGUGUACACUUGAACUUCACAACUGUGCACUCCGUGGAUCGUACUUUUUUUAGAACCCUUUUGUGCAAUGAUGCAUGGUUGCAUAGCGAUCACAUCCAAGCCAUGGUAGAGGAAAUGAUGUGUGGCGUUCAAAAACUAUCUCACCCGAAAGUGGCGAUAUAUGGACCAAUGUUUGUGUGUCAUUUGCUUGGUAAGGGAGUUGGUGAUAAAUCAUGGCCCCAUGACAGAUACUUUAGAAGACUGGAUUGGACACAUUUGGAUAAGGUCUAUUUUAUAUUGAAUGCAAGAUUAAAGCACUGGAUUCUGAUGGAGACUGAUAUGGUAAUGAAAGAGGUUAGAGUUUACGAUUCUAUGUCUUCUUCAAGAUCAGCUUCCGAUGUAGCAACAUUGGUUCAAAGGAUACCGGCUCUUUUACGCACGGUAAAAUGUAGAGUAGAUCAAAGAACUUGCGAUGAGUGGAAGACUGUUGUUGCAAAAAAAGUGCCCCAACAAAAAUCUGAUUCCAGUGACUGUGGCAUCAUGGUACUUGCAUUUGCGGAAUACUUGAUGGCUGGUUGCCACUACUACCAAGUUGUAAACACGAUCAUGUCCAAGACUUCCGCAAAGAAUUCGUUGUUCGCUUGUGGCGUUUGAGUAAAGGGAAUGUACCUAAACAUUGUCCUUAAAAUCAAUGAAUGCAAGGUGUUUUU